UUAACAAGCCCUUCCACGUGGGCCGCCCCGUCCCGCCGCCGAUGGCCACCGCCGCCGCCGCUGCGACGUCGUCGUGGCUUCUCCGGAGACCAAUCUCCUCCAUCCUCCUCGCUAGGCGCGCGACCCCUAGAGUCCUGCGUACCACCAUCUUCUAUUCCUCCUCCGCAUCCGCCCCCGCCGCACCACCGCCGCCUCCGCCUCCGCUUCCGUCUGACACCUCGGCCGGCGAUGGAGGCUGCGGGAUGAGAUGGGAGUCGGCGCGGAAGAAGAGGGUGGUGCUCCGCGUCGGCUACGUCGGCACCGAGUACCGAGGCCUUCAAAAGCAGCGGGAGCUUAGCGUGGACUCCACCAUUGAGUCAGUCUUGGAAUCUGCCAUCUUCAAGGCAGGAGGCAUUCUUGAGAGCAAUUAUGGAAAACUUCAAAAGGUUGGGUGGGAGAGGAGUAGCCGAACUGAUAAAGGGGUACAUUCGCUGGCUACGAUGAUCUCCCUUAAAAUGGAAAUCCCUGAUAGAGCGUGGGAAAAUGAUCCUGAUGGCAUUUCUCUUGCCAGUUUCAUUAACUCAAAUUUGCCGAACAAUGUCAGAGUUUUUAGUAUCUUACCUGCACAAAGGAGUUUUGAUGUAAGGAGGGAGUGCUUAUACCGUGAGUACUUCUACCUUCUUCCUGCUGAAACUAUUGGAAUUAAAGAUGGUUGUAGUUCUGAAGAAGUGCAAGAACACUUGUCAGAAUUCAACAGCAUACUGAAAGGUUUCGAGGGAAACCAUCCAUUUCAUAAUUACACUGCACGGGCCAAGUACAGAAAAGUUCUUGCGGGAAGUCACCGAAGGGUUAAAGGAGCAUGUUUGCCGUUGAAGUCCAUGUCUUCUGAAACGGGUAUGGAAGAAAACUCUUCUGAAGACAACACUCCUUCAGACCAUGAUGAAGACUUGAAUAUUUCAUCAAUGAUUGAUUCUGGUGUCGAAGACAAUUGUUUGAAUGAUGUUGCCAAACAUUUUGGGAACCAGGUGCAGAUUCAAGCUAGGUGGCUAUAUGAGCCUGAUGAGAGUGAUAGACUAAAUGCUUCACAUUUCAGAGAUAUUAUUACAUGUUCAUGUGGAGAAUUGCAGAGUUCAUCAGGAAUUCAAUUUGUGGAAUUGACCAUAUGCGGAGUAUCUUUCAUGCUACAUCAGAUCCGGAAGAUGGUUGGAACUGCAGUGGCAGUGAAGCGUGGAUUACUACCCAAAGAUAUCAUAGAAUUGUCUCUAGCAAAGUUUUCUAGAAUCGUUCUACCAAUAGCCCCUUCAGAAGUUCUGAUCCUUAGAGAUAAUAGUUUCUGCACAAAAAACAAGGAAGGGAGACUUGUUCGCCCUGGGAUCGAGUCAAUGAACAAAUCGGCAGAAGUCAGGAAGGGGGUUACGGAAUUCUACAAGGCAGCUCUCCUGCCUGAGCUAGCAAAAUUCUUGGAUCCAUCUAUGCCACCAUGGAAGGAAUGGGUGGAGAACUUGGACCAGUUCGCCACCAUACCUGAUUCGCAGCUGGAUGAAGUUAGGGAGGCUUAUAAAAUAUGGAAGGCUGAUUAUGACAGAGUGAAGAUGGCUAAAAAGAGUGCUGACGGCGUCUAAUUUCAUAACUUAGCUGCUCAUAAAGUGGAUGAGGAACUGAAUUGAAUUGUUCUCUGAAGAUAAUAAUGUUUCUCUUGUGCAGCCAAAUCCUUACAUUGGAUCAACUUGAGUAUUCGGUUGGCAAUGUUACCACCUUUUUGGAUGAGAGGGGUUAUUCUUGCAAUUGCCUGGAUUUAGUUCAAAUCUGAAGUACUUCCUAGAGAUUGGGAUCUGAGACCCUCCUGUCGAAGCAGGCCCUUGGUGUUGCAUUUCUAACCCAGGAGAACAAGAGCAAGAGCCUGAGGUAUUGAUCGACUUUACCAGGACAAUUUGCAGGCUGAAAAUAUCGAGAUUUUGUCUUGAAUGAAUUGAAGAUUUACCGAUUGGGUUGAGGCAAGUAAAAAAAAUUCCUCUGAUCUGUUUCACUCAUAUGGUGCCGUUGUAGUUCACUUCACUUUUUUUGAACAAUGGAUUAUAGUUCACUUCAUAUUAUUCAUACAUGGCAUCGUAGUUCACACA